CAGUCAAAAACAACAGAAAAUGGCCACGCAAAAGACGGGCGAGUGGGCGAGUGCCCUACUGGCGCGCUUCGAGGAUCAGCUGCCGAACCGUAUCGGUGCUUAUGGGACACAAGCACGUAUGAGCCAGGACCAACUGGUGGCAUGCCUCAUACACAUCUCGCGCUACCGCUUCUCGUUAGUCAUCUCGGGCCUAACCAAAAUGCUGCAGCGCGUCAACGAAGCUGCACUACAAAACCGCUAUGAACCGGAACGUUGCUAUUUCGAAUCUCUGGUCAUCAUUUUGACCACCCUGGAGCGUUGUCUUACCAAUCAAACCAAACCGAUAUGCUUGGCCAAGACCUUAUUGACACCUUCCAGGCGGGAGUAA